CUUCGUCGUCUUCUGCAGAAAAAGCGGUACAGAGUCGAACGCGUCGUGCGCACUGCACGAGGUGGAGAAGAAAGCAGCCAUGACUUCCUGCUUUUUCAUUUUUUUGCUGCCAAAGAAAAUAAAAGGACUAAGAGAGAGAAAGAGAUAGAAGUUAAACAGAGAAACGUCGCACAAUUCCCCAUGGCGUUUCCCUCACAUUCACACAAACACAUCGCUACAGCCUCCAUAACUCCGUCGUGACCAUCGGCGCCUCCUCUAUGCCGCCAAAACAAAUCCGCAGGCCGCCGUCAUAUUCUCACACCGUUUGAAUCUCUCUCUCUCUCUGGCCUCGCUUGGUCCUUCGCUCUUGCGAGAACGGAAAAGCUCUCUCUCCAAUCGUUCUCCGAAUCCCUAGCUUCAGACGCUUGAUGUUGACAUUUUUGGGCAAAUCAGGAUAAACUAGUAGUAGUCCAUUCUACACUUUGUGCCGUCUCUUGCAAUCUGAAGCUGUUGCCGUAGGUUUUCAUCAUGGGUUCAGCUUGUUGUGUUGCCGCAAGGGAUCAAACUAUACCCCACAGAGCUGGAGGUGAAGCUCUGCAUAGGAAUCCCAUAGAUUCACCAUCAUGGAGCUUCCGGUGGGAUAGAGGGCAUGUGGCUGGCAAAAUUGAGAAUCCGUCAUAUCAGGUGUCCCAUGGAAUCAGCAGGAAUGUAAGCAUGGAGCUAAAGGGAUCUUUAGGUUCUGAAAGAGGUAAUUUGUCUGAUGGGGGAAGCCUUAUGGAGAAUUUUGGAACACCCACCUCUCUGAAGUCUCCUGUCCAUGAGGGAGUGGAUGUGAAUCUGAUGACUCCACAUUCAGAUCUGUCCGCAGCAAGCAUUUUUUCUGCAGAGGUGAAGAGCAUAGCAGAAUCACCAGAAAUUGCAGAUUCAGCUGCGCCAAAUCUUUCUAUUUUAUCCAUGAUUUCAGCUUUUUCAGCACCGUCUGUUGAUUACCUGCCUACCCAGUCUUAUCCAGUUCUUCCUAACGCAACCCCAUCAAGACGAGCCCGUCGUUCGCCAGGAUACCAGCUGUUGAGACAGGUCUCUGAUAGUCGGAUCUUGCGAUCGAAAUCACCAAAUAACAACUCAAUAUCUGAAGGAAGACCAUCUUUUGUACUCUCCACUGGCAGCAAUGACUUAGCCACAGGAUCUCAAUUUGGAUCUUCUGAUGGUUGGUCUAUCCGCACCUUUUCUGAACUUGUGGCCUCUUCACAAAGAGAAAGGUGGUCUUUUGACAGUGAACACUUUGGCUCUGGCCGUUGCAAGAUAAGUGGAUCUAGCAGCAGGUUCUCAUAUUCGCCCUCUGUAGAAUUACAUUAUUGUGGGGUCUGCUCAAAGCUCCUAACAGAGAGAUCUUCAUGGAGUAGCCGUUGCAAUGAGGUCCCAGUGGCUUCUGUGUUGGUCUGCGGGCAUGCUUACCAUGCCGAGUGCCUGGAGACUAUAACAGUAGAGGCUGACCGGUAUGACCCAUCUUGCCCAAUUUGUAUGGUUGGAGAGAAGGAAGUCUCAAAGAUGUCCAAAGCAGAGUCAAAGUCCAAGAACCAUAAGAAAUCCAAAAACCGGGUCGUGGAUAGUUACCUCGAUGGUGAUUUUGAUGUUUUUGAUCGCCAAAAAGAUUCUGAACAUAAAGGAAAAGUUCCCACGAUGGGAUCCAGUUCCAGCACUAGGAGCUCCUUUGCCAAGCCAUUCUUGAGGAGGCACUUCUCUAUUGGGUCCAAAUGGAGUAGGUCCCUGUCAGAGAGCGACUCUGCCAGGAAGAAGGGUUUUUGGGCAAGGUAUCGCAAAGAUUAAGCUCCUAAACAGGAAA